AUGUCAAGUUACGAAGGUGCAACUCCAGAUCAGAGAAGAUCGCAAGACUCUGAUAGACCAUUCGCCAUUAACGAACUCUCUUUAAGCAAGAUCGAAAACAAGCUCUCUGCCCAGCAAGGCAGCUCUACCUUAAAUCUUGGUGAUGCUUUUAUUGGAGAUGAAGGAUGUGGAAUAGUUGCGCAAUUUUUGAAAGAUAACUUACUCCCCCCCCCCCUCCCGUGAGCGAACAAAACCAUUAGAAAAAUCGCCAUUUUUUGACCAAAAACCCACCCUCCGUGAGUGAACAAAAAUUUUUUUUAAUAGAAAAAAUUUUAAUGGAAAAAAAUUUUGAUAUAUAAGUGAUAAUUAGUAUAAUGAAAUCUAGAGCUAAUUCUGUUUAAUUUUAAACAAAUUGCGUUUUAAAACAUAAAUUUUGCAAAUUAAAUUAAUAUUUGCUUCCCAAUUUUUGCAAAUUAGGAUUUUUUUAAAUUUCGAAAAAAAAUAUUUUUUAUAAAAUUUUUAUAUAUAAAUUUUUUUUAAAAAAAAAAAUUAACCCCCCUCCGUGAGCGAACAAAAUUUUUUUGUUCGCUCACGGAGGGGGGGGGGGAGUUAGGAGUUCACUUAAUUCUAAUUAACUUACUCCCCCCCCACCGUGAGUGAACAAAAAAUUUUGUUCACUCACGGAGGGGGGUUAAUUUUUUUUUUUAAAAAAAUUUAUAUAUAAAUUUUUCGAAAUUUAAGAAAAUCUUGGUUCGCAAAAAUUGGAAAGCAAAUAUUAAUUUAAUUUGUAAAAUUUAUGUUUUAAAAAGCAAUUCAUUUAAAAUUAAAUAGAAUUAGCUCUAGAUUUCAUUAUACUAAUUAUCAUUUAUAUAUCAAAAUUUUUUUAUAUAAAAAAUUUUUCUAUUAAAAAAAUUUUUGUUCACUCACGGAGGGUUUUUGGCAAAAAAAAGGGAUUUUUCUAAUGGUUUUGUUCACUCACGGAGGGGGGUUAGUAUUUAAAAAGAGUUAAUCCUUCAGCAGGAUGAGCAGGCCGCAGCCCACUCUUUUUAACUAUAAUUUUUUAUAUCCCACUAGAACUACAAGUGGUGAUAUUACAUGGCAUUCCGACAUCACUUCAUUUUCCCGUGUGUAUCAGCAAUCCAAAACAAGUUUCGCCUUCUAGCUAUGAAUUCUCAUGGGGUGGGUCGUCCUCACUCUUUUCAUACUUUAGCUCCUGCACAUGUUCCCCUAAGGGUCACUUUCCUCAGGUGUGCUAAGUGGUAAAAAAACUUCAAGCUUCUUGAAUGCACUUGAAGUUAAAUCGCUAUUGCUGUGCAGAAGUUCUCAAAGGAAACUAGACCCCAUAAAUGGCAUUCCAUGAGGGAGUUCACAAUGUGGAGCUUCGUGGCAACAAUAUCACUGGUGAAGGAUUAAGAGCCAUAGCCUCAGCUCUUCGAGGACAAACCUUUGUACGUAACUUAUCACUUGAGUGGAACAAUCUAGGAAACAAUCUUAAGCCUUUGGCUGAAGCGCUUGCCUAUAAUGAGUCAGUUCAAACUCUAGAUAUACGAAAUAACCGAAUUGGCCCUGAAGGUGCUGGAUAUAUUGCAGAUUUGAUAGAAACCAAUAAAUCGCUUGUGAAAAUUGAUUUAAGAUGGAACGACAUUGGAGCAUCUGGUGCAAGAUCCCUUCUGUCAGCUUUAAGAAAGCCUCAUGCCAUUCAAUCUAUUGAAGUAUCAGGGAAUAAGAUCCCAGAAGACCUUUUACAGCAACUUGAACAAAUUUUGAAAGGCGACCAGUCUCCCAACAAAUCAAGAUAUGGAUCUCCGCGUAGUCUUUCCAAAAGUAUGGAAAGGACAGCUUCGAGGGAUUUUUCUGAUGACAUUCACCUGAAGUUAGAAGCCCAAAUUAUGGCCACUGCAAGAAGUGAAUCAAAAAUCAACGAAUUGGAACUGCUACUUGACCAAGAAGCAAGAAGAAGCAAUGAAAUGAGAAAUGAUCUACUAGGAGAACUAGAAAAUGAAAAAGCAAAGCGAGCUAUGGCUGAAGAAGCAGUCAUGAUUCAAAAAGAAGAAUCGUUUAAGCGUGAAAUGGACGACAGAAGAGUCAUCCAAGAUUUAGAAACCAAAUUAAGCAGGGCUAACAACGAAAAAGGGAUUUUAAACCAAGAGCUAGAAAACCUCCAAGAGCAGUUCCAAAAACUUCAGAACUCUACAAUGGAAAGAUAUAGAGCAUAUGAUGAAAAACUCUCUCAGCAGGAGAGACUUUACAAACAACUCGAAGAAACCAGCAGAAACUCUUUAGAUAGAGCCAAAAAAGAGCAUCUCCAAGAGGUUUUCGAAAUUAAUAGAGAUUUUACAAAUAAGCUUGAAGAUGCUGAAGAAAGCCUUAGGAAUUUGAGAACUGCAAGAGAAGCGUUGGAAAAUGAAAAUAAAACCCUCAGAGGACAAAUCGCACAGCUCAAAUCUAACCAUCAAGAAGCACUCACAGAACAAGAUUUUAAGAUUAGAGAAGAAGAAACUACUAAAUUUAACACGACGCUUAAAGGGCUGGAAACAAGGAUGAGAUCUAUUGAAGAAUCAAGAGAAAAUUUAAAUAAAAGAAACCAAGACUUGCAAAGAGAAAUAAUGCAAAAUGAUAAGCGUGCUUCUGAGCAAAUUUUAGCUUUGGAAACCACAAUUAAUCAAUUGAGAGAAGAAAGAACUGAGCUACAAAGGCAACUCGCAAAAGCAAACGCUACUAUUGAAAGCUUAAGAGGCGAAGUUUAUAUGCUUAAUACCAAUUUAGACAGAUCAAAGACCGAAAAUGAAGAGCUUAACGAAACUCUUAACGAGCGAAAAGAAGCCCAUAUGAAGCAGCUAGAAACUUUGUUACAAGAACAAACCACUGAAAGAAAGCAAAAUGAAAAUACAAAAGAAAACUUGACCAGCCAAAUUCAUGACUUAGAAAUGGACCUAAUGAAGACUUCCAAAGACCGCGACAGAAUUUUGAAUGAAUACAAUUAUCUUUCUGAAAAUCUCAAACAAAAAACGGUCGCUCUUAUACAAGAAACAGUUUUAGCUCACCUAAGAAAGCUGGAAGCUGAGUCUUAA